AUGUCGGAGGUUCUAGUGGCGUUAACACGCGUCAAGAAACGCGACGGUCGGGCCGAAUUCUCGCGCAAGGGACUACGAUGGGAAGCAUACAUAUCUUCUGAGGUUCCUACGGGUCAAUACGCACCCAUUAUCGUCCCGUGGAGCACUGUGCAGGACCAACAAGUGUCGUCGCUUUCGAGUCCCAAGGCUAUGAUUCGUCUACGUCUUGCACACAAUUCGACGCUUGUGUUGGAGUUUAUAGCAGAGUCUGGUAGUCUCGAGGAGGCAUUUGAAAUACGUGAGCAAGCCAAGGAUUAUAUUGCCAGCCGUUUGCGGGAGAAUGGCGCUCAAAGAAUACGCUCCAAUGCCGCAGCAUUGUGCAACCCCACGGAGAUUAAACAGCGAGCAGCACUGCUAGCUGCCGAUCCAGCACUUAAACGACAACAUGUAGAGAUGGUGAAUGAUGGUCUCAUUUCUGAAGAGGAUUUCUGGGCCAGUCGUCGUCAUUUAAUUGCUAGAGAGGCCAGCAAACGACAAAAGACAGGCAAGACAUCAGCGAUCUUGACAGACCUGGCAGCGAACAAUGACACGGCUGGAAAUGUGGUCAAGUACAACUUGAAUGCAGAAGUGAUUCACCAGAUUUUCAUUCAGUAUCCAGCCGUGUACAUGGCGUACCAGGGACAAGUGCCCGACAAGAUGACGGAGACAGAGUUUUGGGGAGCAUUUUUCAAGUCGAAAUACUUUCAUCGAGAUAGAAAAGCUGGACAUGAAGAUAUGUUUACCAAGUAUGAAGAAAAAGAGAAAGAAGAUGCCAAGGGUGUUAGCGUUGACCCGCGUGGCAUUGUUGAUCCAUUGGUUGAUUUGACGACCACGGAGGAAGAUGCGGCGGUGCAUCAUACUAAAAGACUGAUGACGAAAAAGGAGAACCCAUUCAGCAUUACAAUUGCCAAAUUUAAUCGACACGGUGCAUAUGUGCUAGACCCACAAAAGGCAGGAAGGGGGAGAAAUGCACAGCAGACAUUGCCCCAACAACAAAAGCCCAAAGACGCUUACCACGACAGUUUGGAGGAAGCGACACUACUAGAUGAUCUAUACGAUCAGGAUCCUUCGCCGUAUAACCCGCUUACGUUGGAAAAUGAGUCACGCUACUUCCAGAGCGCCGAGAAGGCUAAUAGCAAUGCAACACGCCAGCUGUCUGUAUCUGACGCAGCACAGUUGUUCCAAGCAACGUGCAAGGCGCCCAUUAAGCUAGAGAACGCGUAUCCAAGCUCAAAAACAUGCUUUGACGUACUUGCUGAAGUCAUCGCAUGCUCAGAUUCUACGAGCGAUUCAGCAUCAGCCUCCUCAGCGGCAAACCUCGCGAGCGGUAAGUUGGCGGCCGAGUACAUCCCGAACGAGUUUAAGAAGCAGGUGUACAAUCAGUUCCAUGAUGUGUGCGAGUUGCUACGACACUUCCUCUCGUUUAAGGCCAAGGUGACGGAAGGUGGCGAUUCCGAAGCACAGCGCAAGCUAAACAAGAUUGUGGAGAAGAUGGGGUCCAAGUACGAUGAGCUUGUGAAGCUUCGCGAGUCACUGCCACCUCACGAGAAAAAUCUGUUGGCCCCACUGCUGAAGCCAUUCGAUGACCAGCUCAACCUGGCAUUUAUUUAA